CCGCUCGCUAUCGGGGUACAUAAAGCUGGCGGUACACGCCUCGCGUCCCCCGCACUGACUGACUGACUGGCCAUGCUCGCGACUCUCCGACGCUGCACCACGGCCCCGACGACGCGCAAGGGGACAAUGGCCUGCCUGGAACAUGUGAAGAGGGAAUGGGCCAAGACGCAGACUGGAGGCCACGACUCGGUCGUGCUCGGUAAUCUCGAGAUCCUCGACGCGCGCCCCGGGUUCGUGCGCACGCGCCUCAAGGUCGGCAAGCACAACCUCAACUACCACGGCACGAUGCACGGCGGGUGUCUCAUGACUCUAGUCGACACGGUCACCUGGCUCUCGCUCACGACGCUCCGGGACCCGAUCAUCCAGUCGGUGAGCACGAACAUGAGCCACGAGUUCCUGCGCCCGUCGGGCCGGGAGGGGGACUACUUGUACGCCGAGGGCGAGUGUGUCCAGGCCGGCCGCCGCCUCGCCUACACCCGCGUCACGCUCAAGAACGCCCAGGACAAGGUCACGGGCUUUGGGGCGCACACGCUCGCGCUGAUGCCCGCCGAGGAGGGGGCAUACUGGGCCGAGACGCAGACGGGGUGCCACGACACGGUCGUCCUCAGCGGGCUGGAAAUCGUCGAAGCGCGCCCGGGGUUCGUGCGCACGCGGCUCAAGGUUGAGAACCACCACCUGAACAACCACGGCACGAUGCAUGGCGGGUGUGUCAUGACUCUCGUAGACAGCGUCACAUGGCUCGCGACAGUCACCCUCGGCGACCCCGUCGCCGACUCGGUCUCGACCAACAUGAGCGCCGAGUUCCUGCGCCCGUGCGGCACGCUGGGGGAGUAUGUGUAUGCCGAGGGCGAGGCGGUCCAGCAGGGCCGCCGCCUCGCCUUCACGCGCGUCACGUUCAAGGUCAACGACCGCAUCACGGGGUUCGGGUCGCACACACUCGCUGUGACCCCGAGCGGCGCCGCCGUGACCAAGUUCUCUGCGGACGGGUUGACGCGGCUGCCUGUCGGGGCCAAGCUGUAGCAAGGAAGUGGUAGCUCCUGUGAAGUGAUCUGCUCGGUGUCUUGGUUGGCGCAUAGUACAUAUGCCACACGCCAUCGCCAAGGCGCGAGUCCUAUGCCUUGCACGUCAUCUUGAGUCACUUGCCUGACAUUGGUUGAGUCAGUGACUCGCACGC